CAAGGUGGGAGAUGCCAUGCGGGCCGUUCACAAGAAGGUCACGUCACGCCAUCCACAAGUGCAGCUCUCUGCUCUCACUCUCCUAGAAACCGUAAUGAAGAACUGUGGGGGGGCGGUGCACGCUCAGGUGGUGGCGAGAGGAGUGCUUGCUGACGUGGCCAAGAUUGCCAGGAAAGGAGGGGCGAGCCCAGCAGCAACAGCAAGAGCGCGAGGGCUUAUUCAGGAGUGGGCGGACGUGUUCCCCCCUGGCCCCACCUGCCUGCACACCGAGUACUUCCUCACGUUCGACGAGCUCAAG